CUGCGCGUGCGCCGCCUGAUCUCCGCGGCGAUGUCCGUGCGGGUGAAGCGGGAGCGGGAUUUCCACCGGCCGUCCUCUCGGAGCGCCUUCUCCGGGCGCUCCCAGCCCGAGCCGGGCGGCGGGGGCGGCGCGUCUCGAGGCGCGUCCGGCCGCGCGACGGCAGCAGGCCCGGUGCGGGUGAAGCGGGAGCCCGACGACGAACCCGCUAUCAAGCGGGAGCCCGGCGAGGAGGAGGAGGAGGAAGAGGGCCUCGGCGGCGCCGACAGCGAGCCUGCCGUGAAGUAUGGCAGAUUUGACCCAGAGGACCGACGAAGCAGGCACUGCCCAUAUUUGGACACCAUAAACAAGAGUGUUCUGGACUUUGACUUUGAGAAGCUGUGCUCAAUCUCGCUUUCACAUAUCAACGUCUAUGCUUGUUUGGUAUGCGGGAAAUAUUUCCAGGGUCGGGGCUUGAAAUCCCAUGCUUACAUCCACAGUGUCCAGUUCAGCCACCACGUCUUCCUCAACCUCCACACCCUGAAGUUCUAUUGUCUGCCAGACAACUAUGAAAUCAUCGACUCUUCCCUUGAGGAUAUCACGUAUGUCCUGAAGCCAACCUUUACCAAGCAGCACAUUGCCAACCUGGACAAGCAGGCCAAACUCUCCCGAGCCUACGAUGGCACCACGUACCUGCCAGGCAUCGUGGGACUGAACAACAUCAAAGCAAACGACUAUGCCAACGCUGUUCUCCAGGCACUCUCUAACGUCCCGCCCUUGCGCAAUUAUUUUCUGGAGGAGGAGAACUACAAAAACAUCAAGCGUCCUCCAGGGGACAUAAUGUUUCUGCUGGUUCAGAGGUUUGGGGAACUCAUGAGGAAGCUGUGGAAUCCCCGGAAUUUCAAAGCGCACGUCUCACCCCAUGAAAUGCUGCAGGCCGUGGUUCUCUGCAGCAAGAAGAACUUCCAGAUCACAAAGCAAGGUGAUGGGGUCGACUUUCUUUCCUGGUUCCUGAAUGCCUUGCACUCCGCCCUUGGUGGGACGAAGAAGAAGAAGAAAACCAUCGUGACAGAUGUCUUCCAAGGAUCCAUGAGGAUUUUCACCAAGAAAUUGCCACACCCUGAUCUGCCCGCAGAGGAGAAGGAGCAGCUGCUCCGGAACGACGAGUACCAGGAGAAAAUGGUGGAGUCCACCUUCAUGUACCUGACGCUGGACCUGCCCACCGCCCCGCUGUACAAGGACGAGAAGGAGCAGCUCAUCAUCCCGCAGGUGCCGCUUUUCAACAUCCUGGCCAAGUUCAAUGGAAUCACAGAGAAGGAGUACAAAACCUACAAGGAAAACUUCCUCAAGCGCUUCCAGCUCACCAAGCUGCCUCCGUACCUCAUUUUCUGCAUCAAGAGAUUCACCAAGAACAAUUUCUUUGUCGAGAAGAACCCGACCAUUGUCAACUUCCCCAUCACGAACGUGGAUCUCCGGGAAUACCUGUCCGAGGAAGUGCAGGCCGUGCAUACGAACACGACCUACGAUCUCAUUGCUAACAUAGUGCAUGAUGGGAAGCCCGCCGAAGGGGCCUACAGGAUCCAUGUACUGCACCACGGCACAGGCAAGUGGUACGAGCUGCAGGACUUGCAGGUGACGGACAUCCUGCCCCAGAUGAUCACGCUCUCGGAGGCGUACAUCCAGAUCUGGAAAAGGCGGGAUAGCACAGAGGAGACCAAUCAGGAAGGGGCAUGAGAGGCAAGAGCGGGAGCUGCUCUGGGACAUGAAGGCAGGAUGUUGUGGCCACCCGCACCCCUGCACGGCAGGCCGGGGGCUGCAGCCGUGGGUCACCCGCAGCUGCUUGUUCAAGGGGCCUCUCGUCCCCCUGCUGGCUCCGUCCCUCGAGCGCCUCGGCUGGCGAGUGCGGCCCGGUUGCUGCGGAUCUGGCUGAGCUCCUGCCGGAGAAGAGCUGGUGAGAUGGGAGGCAGCCGGGCCUUCUGGAUGCCUCCGGGCACUGCUGCCCUCACCCCAGUUCCCCACGGCCUGGCAAAGGGGUCAGGAGAAGCUGUCUCCUUGAUGCUGGAGAGAGGGGAGGGAACCUUGUGGGUUUGCUCGCCUGUUUUGUUGAGUAGUUUUUGCUCUAUGUCUGCAUUAAAUGUACUUGGUUUUUUUUUUUAA